AUGUCAGUAAAUCUUCACAAAAUAAAGUCUCCGACCAUCCAGCUACAUCACGUCGUAAAAAAGCAUUUCUCGCUGUCGUCAAGAGUGUCCACGAAAGCGAGUGAACUGUUUUCGGAAGAGCAACGGCGCCAGCGUGAAAAUGUGGGACGUAUCGAAAAGAUCGAGGUCCGAUAUCUAGGACUGCCGCACGACACGACGCUCGUGAUGAACCGGGAGCUCUCCACGCCGUACGAUUGCGCCCGACACAUCGGAGAAAAGUACUUUCGUCAGUCGGCACUGGCCCUGCUGGACAACAAAACGCCCUGGGACAUGCGAAGACCGCUGCGGGAUUCCUGCACGUUGCAGCUGCUAAACUUUACCUCGCCGGAACCGCACAUUGCCAAUAAGGUUUUCUGGCGAUCGUGCUCCUUCCUGUUCGGUGCCGUUCUGCAAUCCAGCUUUAAACCGGAAGCCGGAUUGCACCUGCACAGUUUCCCCAAACCCAACAUCAAAUCCGGCAGCUUUGUACACGAUAUCGUGCUGGCAAAGGAGAACUGGGAGCCCACCGUACCAGAGCUGCGUGCACUUUCGAUCGAAAUGAUUAAACUCUCGCAAAAGGAGCUCCCCAUCGAGCGGCUGGACGUGGACAGUCAGCUGGCAUCCGAAAUGUUCCACGACAAUCCUCUCAAGCGAGAGCAGAUUCCAAGUGUGGCGAGCCAAAAUAACGGCCAGGUUACGGUGUACCGGGUGGGCGAACACGUUGACAUCAGCAAGGGACCGAUGAUAGGCUCGACCGCUCUGCUUGGCCGGUGCACCAUCUCGGCAGUGCAUCCGAUCAAGGAGGCAAACGAAGAUGGGAAGUACUUCUACCGGCUACAGGGUGUAGCGCUUCCCGCUGUUCUCCGUGUCCAUCACUUUGCGUACGCCAUCCUGGAGAAUCGUUCGCGGAAACUAAACGCUGCCAAGCUACCCAACGAACCGUUUGAGGAUGCUGUCGCGGAACAGGUAGCGUAA